AUGGUGCGGGCGACAGCAGCCCCGGCGGCGCGGCCGAACUUGGCGGUGGCUGCGGAGGUUCGGCUCGCCCUGCCCUGGCCUCGGACGACGAGCGCGGCGCGGCGCGGCGGCCAAGGGGGCGGGGGCGCGGGGCGCUUCCGACUCGCAGGAGCGCGAGGCGACCUCAGCCCCUCAUCUUUACGUAACCGGCAGCGCCUCCGCACGCAGCAUCCACGGCCCCGGGCUCCGCCGCGCUGCCGCCGCUCGCUCGCCGCCGCCCGCGCCCCGCGCCCGGCGCGAUCCCCCCGACGGGCGCGCCGGCCGCUCCGAGCCGGCUCCCUUGGAAAGGUGCCACACGUGGCGGCCGCAAGUUUAUGCGCUUGAAAACGCCCCCGAGGCGCUGGGAGAGGAAACUGCAAGAGAGGUACACGCCCUCGGCCGCCUCUCCGUCGAGCCGAAGCCGCGGGACAUUCAGCCGACCACCCGGGCGCGCGCGGCGAGGGCCGGACCGAGCGCGGGGUCUAAGAGACACUUUUCCCCCAGUCCGCGGACGCCUUCUGAGCCCCUGCUCUGGCCGGUCCGCACCGUUCCGGCAUUCUCUUGCUCAGUAACAAUUUCGCAGAAUCCCAUCACGUCACAAUCCAAACCCCCUCCAAUUGGCCAGCGGGGAGGGUGAUUCAACUCUGUUUACUUUCUCCCCCUGCCAGUCAGAACGGCCUUUCGGUGGAGAGGUGCGUCUAGAACUGAGGCGUGCGGCCAAUCCGACUGUUCCGUUCCGCUGCCUCGUGCUACCCCUCCAGCUUCGAACGCUGACAUUUAAAAGGGUAACAGCCGGGAGGCUGGAAGGGGGCCGCCGCUCCUCCUCGGGAGCGCCUCUCGGUCCCGGUGGCCUCUCCGGGCCUCCCGGCUCGAGGUCCAGCUGGCGGGGCCGGGGCCGUGGCUCACACCUUCCCUAGUCACUGGCGCGCGUCCUCGUGACAAAAGAAAACUUCAGGCUCGGUUUUCCAGCUCGCAAACAGUUAAGUGACUUCCUGCAAACGCUACAGUCCCAGCAACCAGCCUUCCAAUCAAAAUCAGCAAAAGUGUCACCCCUCACCUCUACUCCUACUGCCUCAACUUAAAACAAUCUGGAAUGGGGAACUGUUUCUUGCAUUUACCAUCUACCUGGCAUAUGCAUUCUUUGAAAUGUAGGUAUCUUUUUCCCCUUCCCUUCCCCAUCCCCAUUGUCUAUUUUUGCAUUUGUUUCUCUGGUUUCCAUACACGACUUUAUUGUUUUACUGUGUGUCCACUUUGCUCCUUCUGCUCUGUCCCAGUGCUUCAUUUUUUCCUGAUCUCUCUUUCUUUCCCCUAUAUUUCUGCAUACUUGCUCUGUCUGUGGCUUCACACUAAUGUAUGUGAAGAUCAGUGAGAGCUUUUCAUCCCCCAGACCAAUGGAAAAACUGGAGAGAGCUCCGAGUGUGAGCAUUACGUGGAUAGAAGUGGAAGAACAUACUACAUUGCAAAAACAACUUCAACAUGAUUGGAUCUUAAGUCUCAGGAGAUGGUAGCCAUUGAAAUCCUGUACAUCUAUGUUAAGUUUUAUCCAAGGUUUUCUUAAGCUUUCAGUUCUACUGCAAGGCAUUCUACUAAACAAGCCUGUGUUUCCCAUUAGCUCAUAGAUGAGCAGGGGUUUGGGACAAAGGUGGUGUAGAAAGCUAAUGUGGUGGUUCUGCAAGGGGUCUGCAAUAAUUACAGGAACCUUCUUUCCAUCACUAAGCAAUUGUCUUCAGCCAACUCUCAGUUUCCAGCUUCUUGCAUCUGGUGUUUAUAGUCGAAAAGGUUUGUGACUUUUCCCACGGAGGCACCUGCCAUAUUGGAAGGUCUAUAAUGGAGUUUUGGCUUUGACCGGAGAUGGAGAGAAAUGAACUGACAUGAGAAAGUCAUAUCUUGGUGUUAGGCUGAUUUCAAUAAAUUAUAAAUUGAAGUGGCCACACUGAGUGAGGCCACCCAUUCAGCCCAAGUUAUAUGAACAGGGGUUUAAGAUGUCAGUGCUCUCAUAGUUCAUAUUACCAUGCUGGAUCUAGAUGGAAAUUUUACUCGACACAACCACUUAAGGGGGAAUAUCGUGUCUGAGUUAUUUUAAAAAGGCAGUCUGUCUUCUCUUAACACUUUUAUACUUUCAGUGUUUUAUAAGCAUCUCUGUCACCUGAAAUGGAGGCAAAGCAUUAUCGCUCUCAUGUCAUGGGCGAAGAGAUGAUGCACAGACAUUAAUCGACUUUCACCUUGCAGGGCAAUGGCUGAGUCAUUCAGGGUCACAGGUCUCCUUUUUGCUGCUUAUUCUAUAGGACAGCAUCACCUCGUGGUCAGCAAGUUAAAAGUCCUGCUCUCCUACUGAUGGAGGCAGUCUGUUGGUGACCUUGAGUGACUUUCAUGUUCUCUCUGGAUGCUUGUUUUCUUGCUGGAAGUCUAGAUAACACACCCACACUUCUGAUUGUAUCUUUUUUUUUUUUUUUUAAUUUUAACUAGGAAUGAUGGGAUCACACAUGAGGGAUUUCAUAUUAUACAUAAGCAGAGAGUCUCCAGGUUAGAAAGGACCUAGAAAGGGCACCUGGCGUAGGGGUCCUAAAAAUUUGCCUUA